AUGUAAAGCACUUUGAAUUGUCCUGUACAUGAAAUGUGUUAUACAAAUAAACUGCCUUGCCUUGCCUUCUGUUUGUAUUCUCACAGUUUCCCAGCAUGCCUUGCCUGGUGUGGUGGAGGUGAAUGAGGAGGCGGAGUCAGUCUUGCUGCCUUGUCGGUACUCUGGUUUUAUUGAAGACAACCCCACAGUCAUGUGGACUCGCAGUGAUCUCAGUCCCACAUCUGUCCACCUGCAAGGAGAAAAGGGUGCUCUGAAAGAACAAAACCAGCGUUACAGAGGACGCACAUCAGUGAUGUCUGAUGCUUUUGACACUUCAGAUUUCAGCCUUACUCUGAGAAAACCAGAAAUGUCCGACAGCGGCGAAUAUACCUGCUCCUUCAGAGAUGAGGAGACUGCACGGUGGGUGGCUGAUGUCCAGCUGAUGGUCAAAGACCAUCAGGAGGAGGUGAAGGUGACUGAGGGGGCGGAGUCUGUUAUCCUGCCCUGCAGAACAACACCUGACCUGCCCAAAGACGUCACUGUGGAGUGGACUCGCUCUGAUCCAGAAUUUAUGAUGGUUCAUGUCUAUCCAAAUACAAGUAAAGACUUUAUGAAACAAGACAACCCCUACUGCGGCCGCACAAAGAUGUACCUGCUAAGAUCUGGAGACGUCAGUCUGACCCUGAAAUACCCCACAGACAGAGACACAGGAAGCUACAUCUGCACCGUCUACAGAGACAAAGACAUCCUGAGACAGAAAGUAGUUCUGAUACACGUCAAAGAACCAUUUCCAUCCUGGGCCACAGCCCUUCUGGUUCUCCUGGUUCUGGUUCUUAUCGUCUCUGCUGGUGUUUUAUAUCAUUUUAGGUUCUAUUUCAUGUCAGGCUGUCAGGUGGAGGUGGAGGAGGGGGUGGAGUCUGUCCUGCUGCCCUUCAGAACUACACCUGACCUACCUGGAGACGUUAAAGUGGUGUGGAAGCGCUUUCAACCUAAACCAGUAAUAAAGAUCCACGUGUACCAGAACGGUUCUGAUCAACCUGGAGACCAGAACCAGGUCUACGGAACCAGAACUAAGAUGAAUCAAGAUCCUCUGAAAACUGGAGACCUCAGUCUGACUCUGGAACAUCCCAAACAUGGAGACAGUGGACGGUAUGAAUGUGGAGUCUGGAGGGGAGAUCUCAUGAGACGGAAAACAUUUCUGCUCAAAGUCAAAGGGAGAGUUCAGGUCCAGGAUCAGAGGACAUCAGGAACAGAAGCAGAUCCGACUCCUCUGAUGGCUGAUCAAUCAGUCUGAUCUUUGAUUAUUGAUCCAAUCUGACUUUGGAUCAGAGAGAAAAUAUCAGUGAAGGAUCUGAUGGACGAUGGAUGAAGAGAGGACUUGUUCCAGCCUGCAGACGUAGUAUUGAUCAGUAGUGAUCAGUGAUGUCAGAGUGGAGUCAGUGUGAUGUCACAUGUUGAUCAGCUGUGUGUUUUGGACUCCAGCAUCUUGUUGUUGUUUGUUUUAGACUCUUAGUGUCAUGAAGGCGUCCUGCCGUAGAUCCUGUUAACUGUGACAGAGGUCUCACUCUGGACCAAACUUUCCAGCAUCGUGGAGGACGUUCCCUCACCGUAACAUCUGGAGGAAGAGGAGAGGGAACUUUCCAGAUGUUCCUUCACCGUAACAUCUGGAGGAAAAGGAGAGGGAACUUUCCAGAUGUUCCUUCACCGUAACAUCUGGAGGAAGAGGAGAGGGAACUUUCUAGAUGUUCCCUCACCGUAACAUCUGGAGGAAGAGAAGAGGGAACUUUCCAGAUGUUCCCUCACCGUAACAUCUGAUAUGUAGUAAAUAAUUCAGUUUUUGUCAUAAUUAGCAGUAAACAAUACAAUAAUUCAAACUGGCAUUUAGAGGGUUAAACUAGUGAUGUGCUGAUCGAUACCAAAAUAUCGAUACCACCGAUACCAGCUUAUUAUGUUCUAGAAUCGAUUAUCAUGUUAGAAUAUCGAUAUUUUACUGAUUUGGGGUAAAAAAGAAGUCUAUCAUGAAGUGGAAAAUCCUGGAACUGCCAAGUUAAUAUAAAUUUAUAACCAGGUCUCACAACUAAACAUGAUACGCUGCAGAAACAGAAGAAUAUUUGUUUAGUUGGUUUCUCCCACAGUGAGUAUUGAUCAGUGUUGGCUUAUUGAUCAGUGAUCAGAAAGUGGGAGUCAAACACUGAACAUGAUCCAGUGUGAGGAAGCUGCUGCAGGUGCUGCUACCAGACUCCAUUAAUAGUUCACUGCUUUCAUUCUUCUUCUGCCACAAACUUUCAGCAGAAACAUGAUGUUUGUGGAGAAGAAAAGAACAUUUGUUCCUCAUCUAUUUUCUCAGAGAGAGAUCAGAUGGAAACGAUCAAUCCUUCUUAAAUCUAAACCACAGUUUAAGACGUUGUAAUUAGCAAAUAGCAAAGCAGAAGGAUUCAUGUUACACGACGCCUGGUCCAGGUUUCACAUCUGCAGCAUUCAUGGUUUUACAGCUUCCUUCUUCCUGUCGUCUUCCAUGUGAGACAGACUUUUUAUUUCAUUCAAUAAAUCACAACUCAUUUUAAAAUCAAACACCUUCAAUCAGAUGUUGAAUGAAAAAGGAGCAGCAAGAAGUAAAGUCAUUUAAACAUCCUGGAGCAGCUACACUCAGCUCAGAAGUCUCGUCUUCAAACCUCAUCACGGAAUAAUUCUCCAGAAAUGAGAGAAGACACAGAAAUGUCCUGAUGAGACGGUUUUAAUGAGGAGAGUCGCUCUAAAUAAUCUGAAAGUUCACAUCUCAGAGAACGUGCUGAUGUUAAGAAAACCUACAAUGAUUACUGGAUCCAUUUUAAGCCGUAAUACGACUCAGAAAUUCCUCCAAUGACGUAGAUUCAGCUUGUUCAGCUGCGUCUCUGUGAUGGACAUGUACGGCGAGUGGAAGGGGCCAAUUCUGUGUUCACCUAGCACAGAAGAGGAUUCUUCACCUCCAUGGGAGAGCUUUAAAAUGCAGAUUUUUCUCUGGUUUCCAGGUGGCUGACGCCACAUAUUGUCCCACAUCUCAUGUAGAAAUCUGAUGGAAAACAAAUAUUUCUGCAGAAACACUGAGUGGAAGCUGGAAUUUAACACAUUUAACCACAAUAUCUGACAGAAAAACCACAGUUAGAUUUUAUUUCCCUCAUCGUGUUCACAACUACUACAAAGUGUUUCUUUGGAAGAAGCUCUCACAAAGUCUUCAUUUCUUUUCAUGUGAAUUUAGUCAGAAAUGCUGCAGAUAUUGAAGUCCGGUUGCUGCUGGUUUCAGGACAAAUAGCAGCUAAAUGCUGCACUGCUCAGAUCCACAUGCACACAUUUUAAUGAGAUGACUUCACACUUCAUUCCUCCAUGUUUUCUGUCUAGAUUCAAGAAGAAACUUUGACAUUUGUCCUUUUUUUUAAAACCUAAUUUCUAGAUUUUGUUUUUACAGUUUAACCCUUUAAAGUCCAACCAAGAAAAAAUGUGGAGAAAACUUCAUUUAUUUAAAUCUGAAGUCUUUAUUUGGGUCUUUAACAAAAUGUAAAAGAUUAACUAAAAUAUUUUUCUAUGUUUUCUAUUUAUUACGGUGUGAUAUGUAAAAGUUAUUGUAGUACAAAAUGUGUCCACCAGGGGGCAGAAGACAAGUAUUAGACUGUGUACAACAGGGUUUUGAGCAGUUUUUACCUGCAGCAUUAAAGGGUUAAUACAC